GAAAUAACAACCACUCAAUAUGUCAGGUAUUUAUUUAAUAAGAAUGCAUUGUAUAAUCCUAUAGCAGACUAAAUAGAUAGUGUUCAAUCCUCAUACACGAGGUUAUAUUUGAGGAGAAUUUCCGAAGGUAAAUACCUUGCAAUCUCACACAGAAAUGAUCUAAGGUUAUAGUUAAUCAUAUCACUACAAGACUGCUCAAUAGUACAAUCUUCUUGUAGAUACUGAGUGCACAACUUCUGCCCUUCCUCGUACUUCCGAAUUAGUCUCCUGAUCCUUUCGACCUCGUUAUCAUCGCUACAAAUAUUCAUAUCGUAGUUUGUUGAAUGUUCAGCGUCAUGCAUGAAAUCCGUUAACUGGCACACUAAUCUCAUGAGACAUUUUGAACGACUACCUGGUGUCUUUGGUGAGCUUUGGCCAAUAUACGCUAAAGAAUAUUUGUUAAGGGACUCAUUUAUAUCUUUAGUCAUAAUUUCGGGCAUGUUUUCCAACACUCUUUUAGGUAGCCAAACCCUAAACUGGUCAGAAUCAGAAUCAAGAAGGGUUGCUACUAGGCAUUGCCCAAACUUUGAUUAAAUACUUGAAAUAUUCUUAAAACCAGGUUUACAUUCAGCCACUGCCGCUGCUACUCGCGCUGCCCGUUGCCCUGCAUUUCAAACUUCUGCGGAAGCAUCGACGUGAGUGUGUGUUCACAUUCAGCCUGCACUUUUCAACUCACAGCGAUGGCGGACGUAGAAGUUGAGGCGGCGACAGCGUUAUGUUUGCUCAGUAUAAAUAACUAUUUAAGUGUUUUGAAAAGAAACCGAAUAAGAAAAAGAUGCCGUCGAAGAAGGAGAUGGUGGAUGUUAGCAAUUCACCGAAAUAGAACGUCGUAAGUACUACAAAUUCCCCUACACUUUGGUAUUUAUGUUGUUCGAGAAAAAUAUAAAAAAUCCGUUUAGCCGUUACAGAUUGAACACAACAACAAACAAACGUGUGAAUAAUGAUAUUUUUUUACAGACGCAGUAUGGAUAAUUUUUUCAAGGAGUUGACUUGCGAGAAUUCCGCCGAUUUUUCUAACUUUUGCAGAAUGGCACGUAGAGACUUCGAAUUUUUGCUAAAUAAUAUUGAACCUUUUAUAAAAAAAACCCAAACUAGACUACGAAUACCCAUACCACCAAAAAUACGUUUGGCAAUAACUUUACGAUAUUUAGCAACGAGGGAUAGUUAUCGAAGUCUCCACUACUUAUUCAAGGUUUCCACAGCAGCUAUUUCGACAAUGGUUCCUGAAGUAUGCAAAGCUAUCAACUCUGUUCUGAAGAAUCAAAUUAAGUUACCACAAACACCAGAGGAAUGGUUACAUAUAGAAGAGGGAUUUAGACAUAAGUUUCCACGAUGCGUUGGAGCUAUAGAUGGGAAGCACAUCGUAAUUAAUCGCCCAGCACACAGUAGCUCAAAAUUUUAUAACUUUAAGGGUGGAUGGCUCUUGGAGACAAAUACAAACCAACCCAGAGAGCUAUUAGGCCAAUAGCAGAUGUGCCAAGACGCUCGCCAAGAAAUAUUUGCGAAAUUCGAACUGAAUUUGGUCAUUAUUUCCAUAAUAUAAAUACAGUAGAGUAGAUGAUAUUUAAUAAC